GGAGGCGACAUCUCAGAGCCCAGGGCUGAGACAAGGCCUUGAUUGAGGAGCUAGGCCUAAGCAAGCUGAACAAAGAAAAUCAUUUGGUCUAUUCUCUCCCCCCCCCCCAGAAGUAUAAGUUUGAGACGAGAAUGAGAGCAUCCUAUCCACCAGUCAAUAAAGAAGAAACAAGGAGUCAGAGUUCCCGACCCUUAUCCUUGUCUGGUCAUGUUGGCUUUGAUAGUUUACCAGAUCAGUUGGUUAAUAAAUAUAUCCAACAGGGGUUCUGCUUCAACAUUCUCUGCAUUGGGGAGACUGGAAUUGGGAAAUCAACUUUGAUUCAUAGUUUGUUUAAUAACAGUUUUGAUUACCGUGUGUCAACACACUUUCAGCCAAAUGUACGACUUAAAGCUGAGACAUAUGAGCUCCGGGAAAGCAAUGUUCGAUUGAAAUUGACCAUAAUAGAGACAGUUGGAUUUGGUGAUCAGAUAAACAAAGAAGAUAGCUAUCAGCCAAUAGUGGAUUAUGUAGAUGCACAGUUUGAAGCCUACCUCCAGGAAGAGCUGAAAAUUAAUCGUUCCUUGUAUAAUUACCGUGAUACUCGUAUCCAUGUGUGCCUGUACUUUAUUUCACCCACAGGGCAUUCCCUUAAAACUCUUGAUUUAGUAACCAUGAAAAAUCUUUCUAGGAAGGUGAACAUUAUUCCCCUUAUAGCCAAAGCUGAUACAAUUUCUAAAACUGAACUACAGCAAUUUAAGGUCAACAUCAUGAGUGAACUGGUCAGUAGUAGACUCCAGAUAUAUCAAUUUCCAACAGAUGAUGAGAGCAUUGCUAACAUUAAUGCUAACAUGAAUGCACACUUGCCAUUUGCAGUAGUGGGGAGUUUGGAAGAGGUAAAAGUUGGAGACAAAACAGUAAAAGCUCGCCAGUAUCCUUGGGGUGUAGUGGAAGUGGAGAAUGAGAACCAUUGUGAUUUUGUGAAGCUUCGGGAAAUGAUGAUUUGUACAAAUAUGGAAGACUUGAUAGAACAGACUUGUUCUGUUCAUUAUGAACUGUACCGGCAGUAUAAACUGGAAGAGAUGGGCUUCCGAGACAGUGAUCAAAUCAAGAUUCCAGAUUCCAAAAAGACAGCUCAUAGAGAAAGUGUGCAGGAGACUUACGAAGCUAAGCGGCUUGAAUUCCUUAAUGGAUUACGGCAAAAAGAAGAAGAGAUGAGGCAAAGGUUUGUUCGGAGGGUCAAAGAGAAAGAAGUACAGUUGAAAGAAGCUGAGCGAGAACUACAGCUGGAGUUCGAACAUUUAAAACGGAUUGAUCAAGAAGAGAGAAUGAAAUUGGAGGAGAAAAGAAGACUCCUGGAAGAAGAAAUUAUUGCAUUCAAUGACAGAAAAGCUGCAGCAGAAAUAAUCCAAGGGAGGCCACUGCCACCUACGCCCACUGUUGGUUAUAAAAAAGAUAAGGAUCGGAAAAAGGAUCAAGGUUUUCGGCUUGAGCUUCUGUGCUUUGAUGUCAGAGAUCAGGAAUUUGUGAAUAUACAGGAGGAGAGAGAGAAAGAGAGAUUAGAAAGGGAACGAGCCCACAGGGAGCACCAUGAAUAGAGUUUGGAAGCAGUUUGAAAACGUUACAUGGUUAAGCUUUGGCUUUAUGUGAAAGAAGAAUAAAUACAAGAAUAAAUUCUUCACAGUUCUCUAUGAAGAAACUUGGAUCACCUUCCCCCUUUUUAAUGCAAGCUAACUUGAAAACUGACUACUGUUUAACAAAGGGGAAAGUAUGUUAAGAUAUAUAAUUAGUAUCACAUAAUGUACUGUAGGUAGUUGUAUUAAUGUAUAUAAAAUGACAGUUCUUUUAAGCUAUUGAUGUGCAUUUGAACUAUUACCUGUGGCCAAGCUGUACUCACUUUAAGUGCUGUACCUAAGAUCACUGUGCCACAAAAGAAUUUUUUAUUUGUGUUAUGAAUACUCUUAGCAUAGAAAUGAUUAUAUAUUGCAACUGUUUUAAAGAACUGGUGCUUCUUGAAUGUGUUAACUGCAUAUCAAUGAAUAUCCCCAUUUGAAACAUUUAUUGAACUGAAUAAAAUAUGUAAACCUG